CUUCUUCUUCUUCUUCUCUCUAUCUCUCGUCCUUGGAUCUCUCUCCUUCGAUAAUCUGGUGGUUGUCUCUGGAACUAACUAGCAUUAUGAGACAAAGAAACAUGAUGAAUGGUUUCGACAUGGAGCAGCAUUCUCAUCCAAACAUCCCACCCAUGAACCCUGUUCCUACCUUCGAAAACAACAACAACUCAAUGUUUAACGGUAUUCCACACUAUCCUCCUCAUCCUCAUCAUCAUCAUCAUCAAGGUGCCUCCGAUCCUGGUCCUAGCAUGUCAACCCCACCAAGUUUAUACCUCCCUUAUGCGCCUUUACAUGCUCCACCGAGUCAUCCCUUAGCUCCUGGAACUCAUGGUGCAUCUGACCCACAUUUUAUGGGUCACGGUUACAAACGCAAGAGCUCUGAAGCUAUACCCGGAAAUUAUCAGUAUCUUAAUGAAUCAGCAGCUUCUUGUUCUUUCCCACCGGAGACAGCUCCUUUCCCAUUCCCACACUAUCCUACCUCUACUUCUUAUCCACAACCAAUAGAUCAGAGAAGUGUGAGGAGCAGAGUAGGAGGAGCAGUUUCAAUGGAUCCUCCUCCUUACUCUCACGUUAACUAUGGACCCCAUCAUGUCCCACCAAUCUGGUAUGACCAACAUGUUAAUGACGACACAUCUGAUGGAUCCUCUUCUUCCUUUUGGCUCCAACCACCACCCUCUGUACCUUUUAUGCAUGGUAAUGGCUCCAUAGACUCUGGUAAUGUCUGUCUUCCGAGAUUCAAUGAAGCAUCUAGUAGCAGAAACGAUGGACCAUUGGCAUACCCUAUGCCUAACUAUUUUACCCAUCAUCAGGCACCUCCUCCUCGUCCUCCUCCUCCCGCCGUCUACCCUCGCAUGGCGCCAGCCUCAUACACUGCCCCGUACAGUCAUGCGAGACCGGUUCAAUCACCUGGGUUUAGGAUGAGCCUGCAACAUCCCCGUGAUGAUUUUUUUGCUGCAGCGACUCUUAGAUACAAUGGACUGUCUCACCUUAGAGCAAUUCCCGCUUACGAAGAUGAAGGAGACUUCUACGAUGAUUAUGUUGAUGAUCAUGAAGACAUGCGCUUGGACAUAGAGGACAUGUCAUAUGAGGAGCUUCUUGCUUUGAGCGAGGAUAUAGGAACAGUGAAGACUGGCUUAUCAGAAGAAACCGUUAAAGAUCUUGUGAAAAGAAGAACCUCUAUAUCAACCAGAAUCAACCUGGAAGAAGCUCCUCCAUCUACCGAUCUAGAAACAGAUUUCUGCACCAUAUGCCAGGAAAACUACAAGAACCAAGAAAAGAUCGCAACGCUGGACUGCAAGCACGAGUAUCAUGCAGAAUGCUUGGAGAAGUGGUUGGUUAUCAAGAACGUCUGCCCAAUCUGUAAAUCAGAGGCACUGGUCACAGAAAAGAACAAGGAACGAUCAAGUAUAGGAGGUUAA